GGGAAGUAAUUCAUCUGGUCCUGAAGACUUCAAUGAAUUGAUCUGAGAAAGGAAGUGAAGUCAAAUGGAUGUUGGUGAGUGCUCUGGGACAGCAGGAGCUUUGCUUUGUUGGUUCAGAGUCAGCUGUAACUUGGAAGCCUUCUUUAGAAUGAAGAGGAACAAUUUUUCUGUUGUGAAUAAAAUUGUCCAGUCUUCACCAGCAGUGAAACAGCCCAAACUUGGGUUCUGCUCUUCUCUAAAACAGACUCAUGUGUCCACUGUUGUUCUCGACUGGGGGAGUCUGCCUCACCACGUGGUAUUACGAAUUUUUCAGUAUCUUCCUUUAAUAGAUCGGGCCCGAGCAUCUUCUGUGUGUAGGAGAUGGAAUGAGGUGUUUCAUAUUCCUGACCUUUGGAGGAAGUUUGAAUUUGAACUGAACCAAUCAGCUACUUCAUAUUUUAGGUCUACUCAUCCUGACCUCAUUCAACAGAUCAUUAAAAAGCAUGCUAUACAUCUUCAGUAUGUCAGCUUUAAGGUUGAUAGUAGUACUGAGUCAGCAGAAGCUGCCUGUGAUAUACUUUCUCAGCUGGUAAAUUGUUCUAUCCAGACCUUGGGACUGAUUUCAACAGCCAAGCCGAGUUUUAUGAAUGUGUCAAAGGCUCAUUUUGUCUCAGCACUUACAGUUGUGUUUGUCAACUCAAAAUCAUUAUCAUCAAUCAAAAUUGAAGACACACCAGUGGAUGAUCCUUCAUUGAAGAUUCUUGUUGCCAAUAAUAGUGAUACUCUAAGACUCCUAAAAAUGAGUAGCUGUCCUCAUGUUUCAUCUGAUGGAAUCCUUUGUGUAGCUGACCGUUGUCAAGGCCUUAAAGAACUGGCACUGAAUUAUUACAUUCUAAGUGAUGAACUUCUUCUGGCACUUUCAAGUGAGACUCAUGUUAACCUUGAACAUCUUCGAAUUGAUGUUGUAAGUGAAAACCCUGGACAGAUUGAAUUUCAUCCUAUUAAAAAGCACAGUUGGGAUGCACUUAUUAAACACUCUCCUGCAGUUAAUGUUGUUAUGUACUUCUUUUUAUAUGAAGAAGAAUUUGAGCCAUUCUUCAAAGAAGAAACCCCAGUUACUCACCUUUAUUUUGGUCGUUCAGUUAGCAAAGCUAUUUUAGGACAGAUAGGUCUUAAUUGUCCACGACUAAUUGAAUUAGUGGUGUGUGCUAAUGGUCUUCAGCCUCUUGAUAAUGAACUUAUUUGUAUUGCUGAACACUGUAAAAAUUUAACAGCUUUGGGCCUCAGUGAGUGUGAAGUUAGCUGCAGUGCAUUUGUUGAGUUUGUCAGACUCUGUGGGAGAAGACUAAACCAGCUCUGUAUCAUGGAGGAAGUUCUGAUCCCUGAUGACAAUUACAGCCUCGAUGACAUUCAUACUGAAGUCUCAAAAUACCUGGGGAGAGUGUGGUUCCCUGAUGUGAUGCCUAUCUGGUGACCAACUACCAAAGCUUCUGAACUUUUGGAAAAAUCAAUAAGAUUAGCUGCUUUCUGUCUAUGCAAAUGUAAACUUUAAGAUGCAUAGCCUAAAUAUUUUAGUUAAAUAUUUUAUUGUUUGCAAGCUGUCUUAAUGGAUUGCUGCAGAAUUAUUUGAAAAAAGUAUAAGAAAUGUCAGUAACCAGAAAUCUUUGUCAAUAAAGCACAGACUUUGUAUAGAUUUAGCUGGUUGAUAGGCUAGGGCUAAAAACUAUAGUUGUUUUUUUAAGUAGAUUCGUUAGCCAUCCUUGAAAGGUAUAUUUUAGCUUAGUAAGUAAAUUUAUGUUAAACUUGGAUCCCU